AUGGCCAGAGAAGAUAUAAGUUGGGCAAUGGAACACGCAAUGUUUGCUUUCGGGAACCAGAUUCUCGCAUGUAUUCGUGCAAUCCAAGAGCAAGAGCAGGCCGAACAGCAGAUCCCGAGGCCCAUCCGCCACCGGACAUCCGUCCAUCGAGAGCAUCGUCUAGCUCAUCAACGUCUGUUCGAGGACUACUUCGCCGAUGAGCCCCGUUGGGGAGCGAUGGUUUUUCUCCAAAUAGUUCAUGCGUUGGAGGCGCGCGACGAGUACUUCCAGCAGCGACAAGAUGCGGCCCACAGAAGCGGUCUAUCCCAGCUCACGAAGGGCACGGUUGCGCUUCGUCAAUUGGCAUACGGCACCACAGCGGACAUGUUCGACGAGUAUCUUCACUUCGGGGAUACAACUGGUCGGGAGUGUGGUCAAAUUUUGUGA